UUUUAAGAGUUUGAGAAAUGUUUACGUGCAUUCCACAUUGCUCGCAGUAAAAGCAUGGCUGAUCAUAGACAUAGAUACAGUCUAUAUUUAUAUACAGUCAAACCUGUCUUAGCGGCCACCUUUAUAGAAGGGCCACCUGCCUAUAGCAGCCACUGAAAAAUCCCCCCCAGCAAAUUUACAUGUUAUAGACCCUGUGUAUAGCAGUCACCUGUCCAAUGCAGCCAGCGGCCACCCAUUUUGUCUCCCUUGGUCAAUAUCUGACUGCAUAUAGCGGCCAAAUUACCAACUCAAGUAGAAGCUUCACGCACGAAAAAGUUUUGUUUUUCAAUCAAUGAAGGCGUUGUGUGUAGACUUUAAUUACUGAGUCCUAGCUCAGUCACAAUCAUUCACAAGAUCCACACAAACUGUCAGUUGUUCCACAUAAAAAAGCCGUCUUCUUUUGAGCUUGCUAUUUCCUGGUCAAACAUGUAACUUUAAGAGCAUUUGCACCAAAACAUUACCGCAAAGUAGGCUGGGAACAGGACGUGCUCCCAGCAACGCUACAAUAAAAAAAAACAUAUGCUAGCAUGCAUGCGGCAGCGGGAGCAAAACUGAGUUUGGUUGUACUUAACUGAAGUAUUUUAUCAGUUAUCAGUUAUUAUUAAGCCUCUAGCUUCCUUUUAGUAAGUAAAAACCUUGGCUAUGAUUGCACUACAUUGUCAUGUAGACCUACAAAGUACACUUGGAAGAACAAGAGGUGAAUAAAUGUAUUGCAACUGAUGUGAAACUGAUGAGGGGUAGGAUUAAAUAAGCUUUGCUUCUUCCUACUCCUUUUUGGACAUGCAAAAUUGUGAAUUGUACUAUGUGAUGUGCCCUCUACUGGUCAACAUUAUUAUUAUUAUUUCCCCCCCCCCCUUUUUUUUUCUUCUUUUUUUUCCUCUAUUGGUCAACAUUCAAACUGGACGCCAACCUGUCUAUAUAGGCCACCUGUCUAUAGCGGCCACUUUUACAGACUCCCUCUAGUGGCCGCUAUAGACAAGUUUGACUGUACACACUUGACUGAUGACCUCGGUGGGCGUGUCGGUUAGCAUUAGCGAGCUAAAGGAGUUGUUUUGUGCUAUAGAUGAUAAAGUGUGUAGUAUUUAACGCAGGGCAUGGCCCUGAUGGCCUCAUCAGGCUAACCUAACCUAGCCUAACCUUCAGUGUUUCCUGUUCACAGCAGAGUGAGAAACUUCUGAGGUGAGAAUCAACAUCUCCAAAUCUGAGGCUAUGGUUCUUAGUCAGAAAAGGGUGGGUUUCACCUCAGGAUCGUGUUCAUGAAUGAUGGAAGGUUGGAGUGUGAGGUCCACAGGCGGAUCGGCGCAGCGUCUGCAGUAAUGCGGACGCUGUACUGGACCAUCGUGUUGAAGGGAGAGCUGAGCUGGAAUUCAAAUCUCCCGGUUUACCAGUAGAUCUAUGUUCCUACCCUCAUCAAUGGUCGUGACACAAAGAAGAAGAUGGCAGAUACACCGUAGGGUGGCUGGACUCACAGUGAGGGUGAGGAGCUCGCUUAUCCGGGAGAAGCUCAGAGUAGAGCUGCUGCUCCUUCACAUGGAGAGGAGCCGGUUGAGGCGGCUCAGGUAUCUCAUGCGGAUGCUACCUGGAAGCCAGCAUGGUGAGGUUUUCUGGGCAUGCCCAGCCAUGAGAAGGCCCUGGGGCACACCUAGGAAACGCUGGAGGGGUUAUAUCUCACAGCUGGCCUGGGAACGCCUCAGCAAGUCUGUCUCCUGCGACCCGAACCUGGAUAAGUGGAAGAACAUGGAUGGAUGAAUAAAUAUGUUCCUAUUUCACAUUCACUGCCAUUCAUGUUGACAAAUAAGAACUGGUGUUCCAAUGCACUUUUACCAAUCCAUUCUGGCCCUCGCCUCCUGAGCCGCACAGGUCACCUGACAGACAAUGACCUCCAGUGGCAAACAGUCAAGACGUUUCUGGCGUUGUCACGGCGUUUCCGCCUGCCGCUGUUCCUUGCCGACACGGCGGUGCUCGGGCUGCUGAGCCAGGAUGCAAAGCAGCAAGGUGAGCGCUCAGCACCCGAGGAGCGCUGUAGCUUCCUGUGCGCCGGUCGGCCGAUCACAUCUUUUGCUGUGCUGGCCAGCUCGUGGAAGUACGACGCUGCUUUGCUAUUGGCUGCUGAGCAGAAAGGCUUUGAGCUGCUGGAGCUGCGAGGCGAAGACCCCCGAUUGGCCAGUUUAGACAUCCAGUCGGGGCAGGACAUCCCUCUGCACCUCCUGCUCCGCCUCCACGGUUACAUCAUUCAGGUGGUCUUCCUGUAUGAGCGUAGUGGCAACUACCUGUGGCACGGGUCAGUACGCCUCAAAGCCAACGCCCAGCGCAGCUUCGCGCCUUUCACACGCCUCGACUUUGGACGCUACGCCGGCGCCUACAACAGGCCCCGGCUGGUACUGACCGUCUUGGACGGCCUUGACGUUCGUAUCCCGCACAACAUCUCCAGCUUCCUGUCUGAGCAGCAGCAAGCUCGCUUCCUCGAGUGCCGUCACAAUGAUGCCCGCCGCUUCCUGCAGAUCUAUCCUGACGACACGUCUCCUGAGGCGCUGGACUUUCGGAGCAAAGCAAAGUCUUUGCUUCUUUUGGCUGCACAAACCCUUACAAAUCUUCACGUUCCGUUCUGGAUCAGCAGCGGAACCUGCUUGGGCUGGUUCAGGCAGUGCAGCAUUAUCUCGUACAGUCGUGAUGUUGACAUCGGGAUCUUCAUCAGCGACUUCCGCUCUGACAUCAUCACAGCGUUCCGGACUGCUGGCCUGUCACUCAAGCACAAGUUUGGAAAGGUGGAGGACAGUCUAGAGCUUUCCUUUGUGAGGGACGACGUCAAGCUGGAUGUGUUCUUCUUCUACCGGGACCAAGAUGUCACGUGGAACGGGGGCACGCAGGCCAAGAGUGGCAGGAAAUUCAAGUACAUCUUCCCUCCCUUCUCCUUGUGCUGGGCGGAGCUUGUAGAGGUCAAAGUUCAUGUCCCAUGUGAGACGCUGGACUACGUGACGGCCAAUUACGGCCCGGCGUGGAGUGUCCCGCUGAGAAAGUGGGACUGGAAGUCUUCUCCAAGCAAUGUGCAGGAAAAUGGGGUGUGGCCUCUCUCUCAGUGGGAGGAGCUUAUUCAAGUUUAUUGACCUUCACCAAAACAUUCCCCAAAACUUUUUCUUUUUGUUCAAUACAUUCGACAAAACUUGUAUGCCACCAACAAAAUGCGUAGAAAACAUUAAAAUACAUAAAAGAUAAGAUUUGUUGGCUGAAACCACUAUUGCUAUCAUGUAUAGCUCUACAUCGUGACAUAUGUACUGUAUACUAGCUGCUGAUGUUCUAGUUUGGAUUGAACAAACGUCAUCUUGAGCCAAGUGCAUACAGGCUCUUUUAAAAGAUGAUUGUCGUAAAAAGAUAAAUUCUUUUGCUAAGUGGGCGGGGCUAGUGGGCAUCCGCUAUUCUUUGGCUAUGUAGGCGGGGUUAUAUGCAUCCGGGCGCACGGUUCACGUGACGAGCAUCAGCUGACUGCGGUCAAGAGCAGCAGGUCGAUUCAUUCGUCGAGUCCGCGUCGUUGUUUCUGUGUUCGAGUUACCCGGCAUGGCCAGUCAGUCUCAGGGCAUCCAGCAGCUGCUGCAGGCAGAGAAGAGAGCCGCAGAGAAGGUGGCGGAAGCCCGCAAACGU